GUUGACUGCCAGACGACAGACUUCAGCCCCUGGAGCAACAUGUUUCUUAGUAGUAUUCUCCGGAAACAAUUUUGGCAGCACGCCGGUCGUCGGGGGUUGGCGAGCGGGGGCGGGGGCGGGCAGCGGCGGACGUCGCGGCUCAGGGCGAUGCUGCAGUCGCAGGAUCUGUGCUUCCUGAUGGAGGCGCACAAUGGGCUGAGCGCACGCAUCGUGGAGGAGGCGGGCUUCGGCGGCGUGUGGGCCAGCGGCCUCAGCAUCUCGGCACAGCUCGGCGUGCGGGACAGCAAUGAGGCGUCGUGGACGCAGGUGCUCGACGUGGUCGAGUUCAUGGCCGACGCCACCACGCUGCCCAUUCUGCUGGACGCCGACACCGGCUACGGCAACUUCAACAACGCGCGCCGCCUUGUGCGAAAAUUGGAGCAGCGCGGCGUCGCUGGCUGCUGCAUCGAGGACAAGCUUUUUCCCAAGACGAACUCGCUGCUCGACGACCGCACCCAGCCCCUUGCUGACAUUAAAGAGUUUGCCCUCAAAAUUCAGGCUUGCAAGGAACACCAAACCGAUCCAGAUUUUUGCGUGGUGGCCCGCAUGGAGGCGUUCAUCGCAGGUUGGGGCUUGGAGGAAGCCCUGAAGAGGGCCGAGUAUUCCGUGACUGCGGGCGCCGACGCAAUUUUGGUGCAUAGCAAGAAGAGCGAUUCAUCCGACAUUGAAGCGUUCAUGCGGCAUUGGAACAACAAAGCGCCGGUGAUAAUUGUUCCGACCAAAUACUACACCGUUCCGACGGGAAAAUUCAGGAAAAUCGGAGUCUCCACAGUCAUUUGGGCCAACCACAACAUGCGAGCGUCUGCAAAGGCGAUGCAGGAAACGAGCGCCAAGAUUUUCAAGGAACAAUCGCUCGCAAAUGUUGAAAUCGAGGUGAUUCCUGUGAAAGAAGUCUUCCGUUUGCAGCGGGAGCACGAGCUGAAGGAAGCAGAGGAAAGGUAUUUGCCUUCCGAGAAGCCCGCCGACGAGCAAAACAAGAGCAUUUGAAAAAUUUGUUUAUUAAGGCACGAGGAACACCAAGAUCAAAAUAAGUGCGGUAAUCACCAAGACAAUCCCUAUCACGCAGAUGUACUUUUUCUGAAAAAUCGAAAACAACGUUCAAUUUACGUAAUAAAUCAUUAACACGAAUCGAAAACCUUUCUAAGC